AUGGUGCGCGGACUGCGCAGAACGAGGUUAUGCCUCGUAUAUUGCCUUGUCGCGUGCUUGAUGAGGAAUGGCCCACAUGGUGGCUCUUGUGAUCUCUUCAGUGGCGGGGCCUCGCUACGAGGACGCGGGCUCAUGGCUUCUCUGCUAUGGAGGCUUCGCAAUUCCUCUUUCACAGAACGCGCUGUUGCGAAGUAUAGCGUCCUUACGUCAGAUGACGUGCCCGCUCAAGAUCAUCUUUUACAAAAAAUCAACAUGCUUGGGGCCGGAGUGCAGUUCUUUUGCCAGUAUGUGGCGUCCCUUGAUAAUGCCCAUCGGGCGUUCGUGUGGGGUGUGACUGAGAGCACUGACGCAGCUCAAGAGUUUAUUAAUAAGUACUUCAGAGCGAGAGACCUUGUUGGAAAAGGCGUAGUUGCUGGUGAUACCUUCCUUCACAUCAAGUAUGUGCUAGACGGUUAUGUGUCCUUGCCUGUUUUGGAGGGUUUCUCCCGGUUCAUAGCAGAUCAAUUUGACAAUUUUAAAAUCGGAUUCACCGUCUUCGCAAGCGACGUGUCCGAGGCGCUACUACGACAUGACACAGGAUCCCUAGUCAAAAUUUUCAGAGAGGGACUUCCACUCAUGACACUAUGUCUGAAAACGCUCCUCGCCUUGUCAAACCGGACCACUGACCGGCAAGUGCGCGAGGCAAAAGUAACUGUCAUCAGGGGGAUUGAUAAGCUGUUCAGUCUCGAUAGCACACUUCUUGCACUUUCACCCAAUGCUCCGCCAGGGCUUCUAGAAGCCCGUCGCGGUCUCGUGCGGCGGACGUUCCAAUUUGCGAAGGACAUGAGGAACAAGGGGCCAUCGGAACGCCGUGACUCAUCAGGUUUCGUAAAUGACAGCCCUUAG